CUCCUACCUAGACCUGGCGUACAACGCCUGGCCAAGCCCUGCAACUUACAACCUGCGUCGUCCGCCCAAAUAUACUAUCGCUCGACCAGAAUCUCACCUGCAGAGGCCCGCCGCCGAGAAGUUGACUUCAACACCAAAUAUGGUUCUCCAGCUCUUGGCAACCUUGGCCCUCCUCUCGGGGCCAGUUCUCGCCCACGGCGGCCUAGCCAACUACACCGUCGGCGAGACAUGGUACAGAGGGUGCGUACGAUCCCGCCGUCGUAGUAAACACAAGCGAAAAGCCCCAACACCACCAACCAUCGCGUCCAAGCCCAAGCCAAGCUUCACUCCCACCGCAAUGCCACCAUCCCAUCCCGUCCAUCCACCGUCCGAUCCCACACCACAUCACUCGCUUGUUUGUGACCCACUCGCUAACGAAACCACCACCGCCCACCAACAGCUACGACCCCUCGACGCCAGCCGCCGACCAGCUCGGCCAGCCGUGGAUGAUCCAGCGGCAGUGGGCGUCCAUCGACCCCAUCUUCUCAGUCACGGACCCUUACCUCGCCUGCAACAACCCGGGCGCCGCCCCGCCCGCCUACAUCCCCGUCGGUGCCGGCGAGGACAUCACGGCCGUCUACUGGUACUGGCUGCACCCCGUCGGGCCCAUGACCGUGUGGCUCGCGCACUGCGGUGAUGGGGUGGACUGCAGCGAGGUGGAUGUGACCGAGGUGGGGUGGUUCAAGAUCUGGGAGGCGGGUUUGCUGGAGGGGCCGAACUUGGCUGAGGGCUUGUGGUAUCAAAAGGGGUUUCAGAAGUGGGAUGGCAGUCCGGGACUGUGGCCGGUUACGAUCCCCGCUGGGUUGAAGAGUGGGUUGUACAUGAUCCGGCAUGAGAUCUUGUCGAUUCAUGUCGAGCUGAAGCCGCAGUUUUAUCCCGAGUGUGCGCAUCUGAAUAUUACGGGGGGUGGAGAGCUGGUGGUGCCGGAGGAGGCGUUGGUGCGGUUUCCGGGGGUUUAUCAGGAGGAUGAUCCGUCGAUAUUCAUCAAUAUCUACUCGGAAGAGAACGCGAAUAGGACGGAUUAUACCAUUCCCGGAGGGCCCAUAUGGGAAGGGUGAGUUCUUCGUCACGGCGUCCUUGGCGUUCAGGGGCUAACAACACACAGACUCGCCUCUGUGGACGAAAAGUAAUUGAAGACGCAAGCACUUUUGUGCAUGCUAGGCCGAACCAGCGGGCCUUGUCAGUAAAGUAUGUAGCGCAAAGCAUGUACAACAAAGUAAAAAAGAAACACAAAAGAACCGCGUAAAUAUCCC